CAACAUCAACAUCGACAUGUCUCUAUCACGCCCUUCCACUGCGUAUGACCUCUCAACACCUCAAGAGUCACUUUUCGACCGGGAACGCGAGCGACUCAUCGAAGAAAUAUCAACGAACUUCGAAGAACUCAUGGGGAAUAUGAACAACCUGAACAGGACUUUGGAGCAGGUGUAUGGAGUGGGAAGGGAAUCCACCACCGUUUCAGCGUUGUGGGGCCGGUUCAGCUCACUGAUCAAAGAGCAACAGACAGAGCUGGCAGCUUCAGCAGACGUUGGCGUUCCGGGCACAGGAGGCGCCAACUUUGCAACCAGUACGACCACCAACCCCUCCAAAUCAUGACCAGGCCUGCCUGACAUUGUAUUCCAUAACUUGUAUGAUCUAUUGUAUGUACUGAAUGUCAUUAUUGCCAGACUCUA